ACAUCGGUUUGAUCAGAGUCGCACUACCUUCAUCGUCUCCCAGUUCAGCUCAUUCUUGUCUUGAUUUAGGCUUAUUGAUGUCGGUGGGAGACAACUCUUCCCAGUUGGGGAAGCAGAAAUGGUGGGAAAAACUUCCCUUCACCGUCACCAAGAAGCGGGCCAUCAUCGCUGGUGUUGUGCUGGCCGCUGCUAUCGCUCUGGCGGUUGGGUUGGGGGUUGGAUUAUCGAAUAAAUCAAAAUCAGACUCAACCGCCACCACGACUGCUGCACCCACUACGGAGCCACAACCCAACCCCCUUCCCACAAUCAGACUCCCCACAUCGCUGGUGCCCGAACAUUAUGAUAUCACCCUUCAGCCCUACCUCAACGGCAGCUUCACCUUCGAUGGUCAAGUGGCCAUUCAAAUUCGUGUCAAGGAACCGACAUCGGAAAUAGUAAUGCAUAUGUCAUCAGACAUUAGCUUGGAUAACAGCACCAUGAAGGUAACAGAGAACACGCUAGAUGGGGCUGUGAUCGCACACACUGUCUACGAGUACCACAAGGACUUCGAGUAUUUUAUCCUUCAUCUGGAGCGUCGUUUGGAACCCGGGCGUACGGUGGUGCUCUCCAUGCAGUAUACGGGGCUCCUGAAUGAUCAGCUCCGAGGCUUCUAUCGCUCAGAGUACAAAGACGAAGAAGGCAAUAAUGUGUACAUUGCAACGACUCAGUUCCAGCCGACCGACGCCCGAAGAGCUUUCCCAUGCUUCGACGAGCCUGCUUUGAAGGCUAACUUCUCUAUUUCCAUUAUUCAUGAAAACAAGACUGUCAUCUCCAACAUGCCACUAAGUUCAACGACUCCUGUAGAUGACCAACCAGGGUGGGUGUUGGCUAAGUUUGAAGAAAGUGUGCCGAUGUCCACCUACCUUGUGGCCUUCGUAGUGUCUGAUUUUGAAUAUCUGAACAGCACUACAAGCACUGGAGUCGAAUUCAGAGUGUACGCGAGAAGUGAAGGAGUAAAACAGGCACAGUUUGCACUAGACACUGGAGUGACCGUCUUGGAAUUCUUCGAAAAACAUUUCGACAUUCCCUACCCGCUGCCCAAGCAAGACAUGAUCGCCAUACCAGACUUCGCUGCCGGCGCCAUGGAGAAUUGGGGCCUUAUUACCUACAGGGAGUCGCGGUUGCUGUACGACGUGCAAGUGUCCACAGCUUCCAACCUGCAGGACAUCGGUGUGGUGGUAGCGCACGAGUUGGCUCAUCAAUGGUUUGGCAAUUUGGUCACGCCUUCUUGGUGGACGGACUUGUGGCUGAACGAAGGCUUCGCUUCUUAUAUGGAAUACAUUGGCCUCGAUCAUGCGAAACCAGAUUGGAAGAUGCUGGAUCAGUUCGUGACGAUUGACGUUCAUUAUGUCAUGGCUAUAGACGCCUUGACUUCAUCCCAUCCUAUCAGUAUUCCUGUACAACAUCCGGACGAAAUUAAUGAAAUUUUCGAUGCAAUUUCAUACAGCAAAGGGGCUUCGAUAAUUCGGAUGAUGAGCCAUUUCCUGACGGAAGCAACUUUCAACAAAGGAAUUACUAACUAUCUCAAAGACCGGUCGUACGCGGCCGCUGAACAGGAUCAACUGUGGGAGUUCCUGACGCAGCAGGCGCACAAUGACUACACGUGGUGGGUGCCACUCACAUACUUCGGACCGUCGGGCAGCAGCAGUGCAGGAGAAAAAGUACAAUGGCUGUCAGAAGUUGAGAUGGAAAUUACGAACUUGCCCUCUGAAGCGUCAUGGUUUAUAUUCAACACUGAACAAACCGGAUACUAUCGCGUGAAUUACGACGACUCUAACUGGAAUCUUAUAACCAACCAACUGGGAGUCAACCACACCGUCAUAAGCUCAACAAACAGAGCUCAACUUCUCGACGACUCGAUGAACUUGGCCAGAGCAGGCAUGCUUUCUUAUGACGUGGCUCUGAAGCUUCACUCUUACUUGACUAAAGAAGAAGACUACGUACCGUGGUCGUCAGCUAUACGGAACCUGAAAUACCUCGAGUCGAUGUUCUCACAGCUUAAUCACACCGAGAUGAAGGAAUACCUGAGUUCUCAAGUGAAGCCUGUGUACGAGUUUGUUGGGUUCGCUGAUAACGCGACAGACGAGCACCUGACGAAGCUACUGAGGAGUUUGGUCGUCUCUUGGGCCUGUACGCUCGAUAUGCCCGAUUGCUCGAACCAAUCCAGAGCCCUCUUUUUGGGUUGGCUGGCUAACAAUGGCUCUCAGACAGCCGUGUCACCAAACCUGAAGUCGACGGUGUACUGUUCGGGGAUCGCUCAAGGAGACGACUCCGACUGGGACUUCGCAUUGAACGUGAUGAAGAAUACUCCUUUGGCAUCAGAACGCGACUUACUCCUUACGGCACUGGGAUGUUCGAAAAAUAUCAGUACCCUCGAAGCUUACCUGGAUAUGGCCUUCACUGACGGCAGCCCGGUGAGGAAACAAGAUUCAAAGCGUGUUUUCUCUGCCGUGGCUUCUAAUGACUUGGGCCGCAACAUUGCUUUUGAUUAUCUUGACAAAAAUUUCGAACACGUAGCAGCCUACUUCAACUUACUCCUGAGUGCGAGUAGUUACGUCGAAUCUGUAACCAGAGAGUUCAAUACGCAAGCUGAGCUGGACAAGCUGAUUGCUUUCAAGGAUAAGUACCAAACAAGCCUAGGGUCUGCCUCACGCGCUGUCGACCAAGCCAUCGAGCGUGUUACAGCGAACGUCUUAUGGAUGACAAACUAUCACGAGGAAAUUCUGUCCAUCGUGACCCAGUAA